GUAGGUGUGUUGGUCAGUGAUAUGUGUCAAAUAGUGUUGAUCUCUUUAGGUGAAUCAAAAUUUUGAAGGCGAGGCCGAUUCAAAUAUUUCUCUUUAGGGUUGUUAUUGAAACCAAGUGAGAAGUGAGAGAAUAUCGUUAAAUAAAACUCUAACUUUCGUACCUCGAAAAAUAUUUAAUUGGUGAAACACUUUCGUGACAUAUUGGACAAUGGCUAAGAAAGCAACAGUUCAACCUGCUCUACAUAAAGUUAUUAUGGUAGGCAGUGGUGGAGUUGGAAAAUCGGCACUCACCCUUCAGUUUAUGUAUGAUGAAUUUGUUGAAGACUAUGAACCAACCAAAGCUGACUCAUACCGUAAGAAGGUACUGCUGGAUGGAGAAGAUGUUCAAAUUGAUAUCCUUGAUACAGCAGGACAAGAAGAUUAUGCUGCUAUCAGAGACAACUACUUUCGAAGUGGCGAAGGAUUUCUCUGUAUAUUUUCUAUAACGGAAGAUGAGAGUUUCCAAGCCACACAAGAGUUCAGAGAGCAGAUAUUGAGGGUGAAGAAUGAUGAGAAUAUUCCAUUCCUUUUAGUUGGUAACAAAAGUGAUCUAGAUGAUAAAAGGAAAGUUUCCUUCCAAGAAGCAAGUGAAAGAGCAAAGCAAUGGGGAGUGCCUUAUGUUGAAACAUCGGCCAAAACAAGGGAGCAUGUUGAUAAGGUGUUUUAUGAUCUUAUGAGAGAGAUCAGAGCGAGGAAAAUCGAGGAAAAGACAGUAAAUAAUGGUAAGGGUAAAGACAAAAACAAGAAGAAAAAACUCAAAUGUACCAUUCUCUGAAGUACAGUAAGCAAAGUCAUCCUUAUUUUUAGUUCUAAUAAUCUUUUAUAUUUAUUGUAUCUAAGUUUGUAUUUUCAUGUAUUCCAAGGAAUAACCGUUAAAUUAUGCACCUAAGCCUUCUUAAUAUUGAUUUUUAUAUAUAACCAAAAUUUAAACCAUUUUAAAAAAGUGGAUUAUAUUGUGUACUUUAUCAGUUGUUUAGACAGUUAAAACAUUUGUGUUGUUAUUUUCUUCAAAAUAUAUUGAAAUUAGUGAAUUUCUUUCUAUUGUUUUUUUUUUUAAUAAUUGAUCAUUAGAAAUUUGUAUAUUCUGAAAAUUUUUGGGUUUCCACAUUAUUUGGAUAUUCACACCUGGAGCAAAAAUAUAUUUUUCAACGUUCGAAAAUAUGGUGUUUUUCAUAUGCGGUUUUUGAAUAUGGAGAACCUAACCAAUCAAAUCGAUGAAAAAAUUGAACCAAAGUAUUAUAAGGUGGUUUCUUCAGUUCUCUCGCAGAAUUGGGAAAUCCAUUUAUACCUACAUUCCCAUUUUAUAAACUUACGAUAAAAAAAGCCUGUUUGCUUUUAUUUAGUUUUUUUAUAAGACAGCAAACGGUCAUUGUGUUGUGAAAUGUCAUUGAAUUAACUUGCUCUUAACUUUGGAAAUUCUGAGGCACAAAUACUUUAAUGGAUGAGACUAAAAUGAGAUUAUACAUAUAAUACGAAAUAAAUAUUGUUAAUUUGGGUCUGCUUAGUAUUGUUUUCUGUUUGUUCGUAGGAGCUUGAGUGUUUGGCACCACUGAAGGUGUGUCAACACUGUUCAAGUUUUACAUCACUUAAAGGAAAAAUUUUGCUAUAUUAUACAGGAUUUGUGGGAAUCUGUUAUACCUAUUGUAUUUUAAAUGUAAGAUUGUACUGCCUUUGCAAUUUGUUUAAUAAAUAUUAUCAACAAAAUUUCAA